CAUGGCGAACAGGCGGAGCAGAACGUUACCCGUUGGUUUGUUAACGAUUUUAAACGUUUUAGCAGUUUUAUUCAUUUUGUGUACGUCUGUUCGAGCUGAAAUACGAACCGCUGUUAUUGACAAACAAACCGGAAAGCUUUCUGUCCUCGAGGGAUUUCGAGAAGACUUUGUAGCUUGGGCGAACUUCACUGAUGAGAUUAAGACAUCUGGCUGGUCUUUCUUGGAGGUCACUACCAGCAGUCAGUACAAUGACAGUAUCCAGGCUUAUGCUGCCGGUGCAGUGGAGGCUGCACUCACAUCUCAGCUCAUCUAUAAGCACUGGAUGAACACUCUAAUGGGUUACUGUGGGCCCUUCACGUCUGAAUCUGGUUACUGCGAGCGCCUUAAGUCUUUCAUCACAACUAAUCUGCAGUGGGUUCAGGAGCAAAUACAGAAGCAGCCAAGUUCACCCUACUGGCAUCAGGUGCGUCUGGUACUGCUCCAGCUAAAAGGUCUAGAGGACAGCUACAAUGAUGAGCUGUCAUUUCCAGUAGGGUCAUUCUCCUUUAACCCUUUUGGCUUCCUACUUUUCCAAUUGGGCGGGGAUCUGGAGGAUUUGGAAUCAGCUCUGAACAAAUCCAGUCAAACUCGACCUCUUGGAUCCGGUUCCUGUUCUGCUCUCAUUAAGCUGCUGCCAAACAAUAAGGAACUGCUGGUGUCACAUGACACCUGGAACACCUACCAGUCCAUGCUGCGCAUCAUGAAGAAAUACAUCUUUGCCUUUAAAGUUUCUCCUUUGGACAAUGAUGUCCUUCCUGGAGGAACUCAGGCGUUCUCCUCUUAUCCUGGAUCGAUCUUCUCUGGAGAUGACUUUUACAUCCUAAGUAGUGGCUUGGUUACCUUGGAAACCACCAUCGGCAACAGUAAUCCCACUCUCUGGAAGUUUGUUCAGCCCGCAGGAAGCGUCUUGGAGUGGCUGAGGAACAUUGUAGCUAAUCGACUGGCCUCUACUGGCAAGGAGUGGGCCGAGAUAUUCAGCAAGUACAACAGUGGAACGUACAACAACCAGUGGAUGAUUGUAGACUACAAUCACUUCACUCCAGGGAAGACUGAUAUUAAAGAGGAGCUCCUUGUUGUGCUGGAGCAGAUUCCGGGACUCAUUGUUUUCACUGAUAAAACUCAGGAACUGAUGGAGAAAGGGUACUGGGCAAGCUACAACAUACCGUACUUCGUGGACAUAUUCAAUGCCAGCGGCUGCAAUGAGCUGGUUGAGAAGUUCGGCCCGUGGUUCUCUCUGGACCAGAAUCCUCGGGCUCAGAUAUUCAAGAGAAACCAGACGUUUGUCACAGAUGUGGACUCAAUGGUCCGCCUCAUGAGGUACAAUAACUUUAAAGAAGACCCAUUGUCACAGUGUAAAGGCUGUGAUCCACCCGCGAAUGGAGAGAAUGCUAUCUCAGCCCGUUCAGACCUGAACCCAGCUAAUGGAACAUAUCCGUUUGGUGCCUUAAAGCAGAGACCACAUGGAGGAACAGACAUGAAGAUGACUUCUUAUGGCAUGUUUCGUGACUACGGUAUGAUGGCAGUGAAUGGGCCAACUUGGGACCAGGUGACCCCCUUCAAAUGGAGCACUUCCCCUUACAAAGACCUGGUGCACAUGGGUCACCCUGACAAUUGGACAUUCAAGCCUAUAAAAGUCAGCUGGACUCCAUAAGUGUUAUCAUAGUUCAUAUACAAGUGGCAUGAUGAAUAUAAAUACUGCCAGCUGUUCUGUUUGGAGUUCUGACAAAGGGAAAUGGUUCAGUGUGACAUGGCUUUAUGAACAUAAUAGUCAUGUUAUGGAUUCUCAGGAGAGUAGCAAUAAUAUUCUGUAACUAUUACAGUAUUGUUUGCAUAAUUAAACACAGGAAGUUAAAGAGAGCAUUGAAUGUGAGCCAGUAUGAUCAUGAACACUCAUUCUAUGUGAAAUUUUAUGUUUUGUUUCAUAGGUUUUUAAAUGUGUGAAAAUUCCACUUGUUUUAAUUCUGAUGUCUUUUAGAGUUACUGGAGUUGUAAAAUGUUUCCACUUUUAUUUGGAGAAAUCACUAAGUAUGAUUAUUGAUACAGAUACAUAUUUGAUGAUGACAAAAAAUGUCUUUAUCAAGAGUUAGAUCAUUUUUGGGAAAUUCUUACAUGAUGCAUUAUAUGAAUUAUUUUUGAAAUAUUUUCUAAAUAAACUGUCCUGAUCCUUG